GGCGCAGGGGCCGCUGACGUAAUCGCUGGGUGAAGGGCCGGCCCUGCAGGUCUCCGGUGAUGGAUGCGGAGCCGGCAGACCGCGCGGUGCGCGACUCGCCCAAGGUCACACGGCGGGGCCGGACCGACCCCGGCGGCGUGAGCCCCGCGGCCGGCGGUCUGAGCGGCUCCGGGUGCGGAGCGGGGACGGAGCGGCGGGCGCGGCGGGAAGGGCUCCUGUUGUGGGGCCGGCGAGAGCGGCGCGGGGGCUGGUCCCUCCUCGGGCUUCCUGCGCCCGUCACCUUCCCGCGACCCUUCCCGGGAGAGGCGUCCGGGGGCGGCGGGAGGGGCAGGCGGUUACCUCAUCGGCGAGGCGGCGACUCCGGUGCCGGAGCGGGAGCAGGACGCAGGGAGCGAGGCGCCCGGAGGCAGCACGGCCCGCGCCCCGCUCCGCGGCGGGACCCUCGCGGCGAGGAAGCCGGCCCCGCGCCCCGCGCCCCGCGCCCCGGCGGCGCUCCCGUCGCGCUGCGGGCGGAGGCGGGGUCUGCGCGCGGCGCGUGGGUCCGGGCUCCCCGAGCUUCGGCGCCCGUCCGCCGGCUGGGCUGUCGGUCCGCCUCCCGCCGCCCGCUGCGUCCUCCCGCCCGGCCGCCCCGGCCCCGGUGCUCCGGGGGCGACGAGGAGCGCGGAGGGGCCCGGGCGCACCGGGCAGGGCGCGCGGGGCGCACACAGCGGCGCCGGCCCAUGAGGCUCCCCGCGCGGGGCGCGGCAGCGCGCGCCGGCCAUGGGGGGCAGCCUGCGGGUGGCCGUGCUGGGCGCCCCGGGCGUGGGCAAGACGGCCAUCAUCCGCCAGUUCCUGUUCGGGGACUACCCCGAGCGCCACCAGCCCACGGACGGGCCCUGCCUCUACCGGCCGGCGGUGCUGCUCGACGGCGCCGUCUACGACCUGAGCAUCCGCGACGGGGACGGCGCUGGACCCGGUCAGAGACCCGGAGGCCUCGAGGAGUGGCCGGGCCCGAAGGACUGGAGCUUGCAGGACACGGACGCCUUCGUGCUGGUCUACGACAUCUGCAGCCCCGACAGCUUCGACUACGUGAAGGCCCUGCGGCAGCGAAUUGCGGAGACCAGGCCGGCAGGCGCCCCCGAGGCGCCCAUCCUCGUGGUCGGCAACAAGCGGGACCGGCAGCGGCUGCGCUUUGGGCCUAGGCGCGCCCUGGCCGCCCUGGUGCGCAGGGGCUGGCGCUGCGGCUACCUCGAGUGCUCGGCCAAGUACAACUGGCACGUGCUGCGCCUCUUCCGCGAGCUGCUCCGCUGCACCCUGGUGCGCGCGCGGCCCGCUCACCCCGCCCUGCGCCUGCAGGGGGCGCUGCACCCCGCACACUGCAGCCUCAUGUGACCAAAGCGGACCGCGAAGCUGCUGGGGGAGCCGGACCUUUGACGGGACCAACCAGGGGCCUGGAUUGGAGGAGCUGGCCCAGCUUCCUCCGGAUUGGACAGGACAGUCUCCUCCUGAUUGGAUGAGGAGAGCUCCCACCCAGUUUCCUUUCUUUGAAUUUCAAUUGGACCCAGACAGGCCCCAAGCCUCAUCAGACAAGAUCAGUACCUUCUGGGUAUCAUUGAGUCGUUCACGAGCCGGAGGAACUUGACUGUGAAUCUGGUUGGAAGCUCGCGGGCCGCUCCGGGAGCCUCGUUGGGCCGAGUCUUAAGCCACACCUUCCGGGAGAUAAUAAAGAGGGAAGCGUUGCAA